AUGGUGACUGCGGAUGUCUGUCGCCCCUCGCGUCCUACUCUCGGGGUUUUAGCCCGAGGUCGCAAGCGGUGGAGGCGGUGGGAGGCCGCGAUGCACCCGCUGCCUUUGCCCUGUCCGCCAUCUGUCCCCCUCCCCGUCAGCGCCUGCAGCGGCGUCAAGGCCGCCGCCGGUAACCGCCACCGUCCGCAGCAGCACAGCAAGACGGCGGCCAGCCGGAGUCGGAAGUUACUGUCUGCUUCGUCCACCAUUACGCUGCUCCAGAGACACACGCACCAGCCGCACCUGAGGACGCAACAGCCCGGCUGCCAGAGCGCAGCCGGCGCCACGUCGACGGACCCGAGAACGUUCUCCGCAGCCGCCUCUGCUGCUGCUUCGGUGGACGAGCGCACGAAGGAAGGGAAGGCAAUAAAAUCAAAUAUGGAAAGAUAUGAAACAAUCUCUCCACAUACACAAGUCAUGUAUUGUGUAAGUAAAACAGAAGAAUGCUUUCAAGCCUUAAAUGCCACCAAGAAAAGAAAUAAGCAUAACCUGCUGCCGAAAAAGGCAUCGGUAAAAAGAAAUGAAAACAGCCAUAGCCUGAAUGCUCCCUCUCCUGAAGGCUGCAACGUUCUCAAAAAAGAGGGGGGAAAGCCUGUUACUCCUGGAAACCACUACAGAAGUCUAAAAUUACAGAAAGUUGGUCUGAAGUCUAUAACAACUCUUCAAGGAGAUCAGAACUAUGCUGGGCCAAAGUUUAGUGAGCCACCAUCUCCCAGUGUUCUACCUAAACCACCAAGUCAUUGGGUAGGGGUCCAUGCUGAUUAUCCUGAAGAUGGGAGUAAGGAAAUAAUGACAGUCCACUUAAAAACUUUACUGAAAGUUAACGCAUAGUUCAAGAACAUAUUAAGGUUAUCUUAAUUAUUGAGAUAAAGUAAGACUAUCAUUCGAGAUUCAACUUUGUGGCAGCAGUAGUUCCUGCAUUUUAGACUGUUGUAAAUUUCUGAUUGUGUUUUUGGGAUAAGCAUAUACAAGUGGUGCUAGUGAUGAAGUGGAAUUGUGUAUAUUAAUGUAAACCAUGUAAUUAUUUGUAUAUUUUCAUAUACUCAAUUUCAAAAAGGAAUUAUAGUUUCAUAUGAGAAUUUGUCUUGCUGGUGGGCUGAGUUAAAUUUUAUAUUUUAUACAUAAGGGGAAAGCUCAAGUUAAAAGCUAGAGCAAAAUUUUAUCCUCUGCAAAUGCGAGAAAUGGUGAUGUAAAAUAUUUGACAAUCUGAAAUGUUUUUGACAAAACCUAUGGUUUAAGAAGUCAAUGAUUCAAGCACUGCUUUUAUCUGCACUACUGAAUGAUAUUACCAUGAACAAGAUGCACUUUCAUCUUAACGGGUGUUAAGUAUAUAAUGUGAAUAUUAGUCUUGUCACCAAAUUAAAGCUCUUGCUGGAGGGAAAGAGUUCAUUUUCUAGUUGGUCUGUUGGUAAACAGUAACUCAGUGUGCACAUUUUAUGGGGCAUGUAAAAUCUGUUCUCUUGAAUACUAUCGGUAAAUUCUUUGUUUGAAGAUUCCCCUCACCAAUUUGCCCCAAGUCUGUGCCUACAAAGUGAAUAGUGACAAGAACAAUGAUGUAUUAGCUCAUCUAAAUUUCCUGUAAUUCCAGUUUCUGAGAACAGUCUUGGGCAUUGUUUUUGAUAGUAUUGUGGCCCUUGUGGAAAUGUCUAAGCAAGAUUGUUGGAUGCUUCAGUCCUGCCUGACCAUGUAAUGAACCAAGAUAUACUUUGUACCAAUGACCUAUAAAAAUUGAAAUAUUUGCUCACUCAAAAGAAACUUGUAUUCACUUCAGAUGAGUAACGUUAUUCUGGUCUUUAUUGAAGAUUUAAAUCUGUUGAAUUUCUUUAGUUCACUUUUAAAAUGGACUUGAAGUAAACAACAAUAUCUGCAUAUUUUGAGACCUAUUUCAAACUUUCUCAAAAAGGUUAACCUACAUAAUGUCAGUAAAUUUAUCAUAUGAUUAAAUGCUCUUUUAUUUGUAGACAUUGGUUCAUCUGAAUGUGAAUUGUCAUAAGUUGUUUUAACAAUAUUUCUGCUGAGCACAAAGUUGGUAACUAUCUGAAGUACAGUUACUUCUAUAAGCUUCCUAUAAUUUCCCUGCAGCCACAUUGUUUAUUAAAAUUCUGGCUUGGGUAAAAAAAACAAAAUAAGAAUGUGUUAGCACUACUUGUGAUGGAAAUGAUUGUGUUCAUUUUUGGGUCACAUUGUAUGGGCUACACCAAAACUAAAUUGUAACUUCACUCUUUUGUUACGUGGGGGGGGGGGGGGGGGGGAGUAAUGCACUGGAAAGUGUUUUGUGUAAUUCGACACCAAUUUGAGUCCAAUUUUAUUGUAAGGCUUGAAUUAGUACAUAGUAGUCUAAUGCAUAAAUUCAAAAGUUGGAGCGGUUGGGUAACGUUUUAUUCCUGUUCAAGUCAUUUAUUUACCAGUUUUAAAAUAAGGGAUAAUACUUUAGGAUUGAGAAGUAUGUUGGCAUGUAGAACUGGUAUUUUCCAAAGAAAGCUGGCAUGCUUAAAUUGAUAGUUUUUAAUUGUACUAUUCCUACAAAUUGGCAGAUUUCAAAAACAAAUAAAAUUCAAUUUGUCUCCCUCAUGAUUGUCAUCUUUAUUG